CCCCUUCUCAAUCACCACUUCCUCAACUUCACAAUCAGGCAGCUCUUGGCCGUCGCAGUUCUUUGCUUGCAGCAAGAACAGUUCAGCGGCGAGAGCGCUCCUCGCCUGCAUGGCGGCGCGCAACAGGCCCCGCGGCGGGCCACUCAAGGACGAGUUCGACGAGGAAAGAUCACUCUGGAACCAAAUCCGAGCUGAUGCACGGCGGAUAGACCAACUCCUGGCGCAAUCCGAUGCAUGUGAGAAGAGGAUCACCGAGAUACGAGCCGAUCAAGAUACUCGCAUAGCCCGCGGUGACGCGCCUUCCGACCGCCUAGACGACGAACUCGAGGAGAAGCUGCGGGAAAACAUCCGCCUGACGGAACAGAUCGUCAAGCAAGUCAAAUCCGGCGAUGGCGUCGACGACAUCUGCACGCAGAUCAGCAUUCUCUCCGCACUCCGCAGCCCAGAAGACCUCCCCACCUCUUCCGCCUCGCGCGCAACCAGCGUGGGCAAGUCCCAACGCGACCGCCAAGGCAAGCGCAAGCUCACAGACGUGGAAGACCGCGACGUGGCCGUGGAGAGUUCCGGCGGGCCCAGCCCAAAGGUCGUCAUCAGUCAGAAAGACCGACUCGUGGCGAAGUCGGCAGGGAGCAGAGCAGGAUCGGUGCCGGUCAGGGAGGGCAGCGUCAAGGCCGAGGACGACAAGGACGAUUCGAACAAGGACCCCAAACCCCGCCUAACCCCCACAACCGAAGUCCUCUACCGCAACACCAAGCAACGCGCCUCGGCAGAAGGCGAAGGCAUCCUCUGCCGGGUAACCUCCGUAAUCGGCGAGGGAAAACAACGCCGCUACGAGAUCAUCGACGCGGACCCCGACCCCCCGACCCCGUCACAGCCUUACCGCGCCUCCGUCAACCACCUCGUUGCUAUUCCGCCCCCGGCCUCCAAUCUCACGGCUCAGGAUCUGGGGAAGGGCAGGAAUGUUCUCGCGCUUUAUCCCGGGACGACGACGUUUUAUAAGGCGGAGGUUGUGGCUGCUUGGAGGGCGGCGGAGGGGAGGGUUAAGAGGGAGGAGGAGGGGGAGGGGAGGAGGAAUUUGGUUAGGCUUAGGUUUGAGGGGGAGGAUGAGGCGGAUCGGGAGAUGAGUGUUGAGAGGAGGUAUGUUUUGAAUGAUAAGUGA